AGCACAUCAUCGGCUCAUCCAACUCUUCUCUGAAAACCUACCGCGAACAACCAACUUACUCCGAAAACAUGCACAGAAUUCAAGUCGUAAAACGCGUAGAUCGAUUGGUUUGCCAACCAUUCCCAUCGACCUGCGUAGGCCGAACUCAUCUCUUCAAGCCGCCAGUCGGAUUCUACCGGAUGAAAUCUGGAGCAUCAUCAUCCUCUGAUGGGAAACCGGCAGAACAGGACGAAAAACUUCACCCGAUAUUCUCGACGAAUAAAACGGCACCCUUGCCCUCCUUCAAGACGGAUCCCUAUCCGAUCCCACUCCAAAACCCAGCCCAUCCUACCACUCAAACUGAUACUACCCAGAGUUAUAGCGUCAACCAGGAGAUUUAUCACCAAAUCGAUCAAUUGAAACAGGUCGAGGACAAACAUGCUGAGUCCUAUGACGAUGCUCUUUCUGCAUCUACUAUCGAUAAACUCCGAUCUAGAUUGGUCUAUCAAUCUCGGAAACGUGGAAUCGUCGAAAUCGAGCUCCUUCUGUCGACUUUCAUCGAGGCUCAACGAUGGUUAAAGGAUUGGGAUUUGAAACAAUUAACACAAUACAGUCGGUUGUUGAUGUUACCUGAUUGGGAUCUAUACUAUUAUCUGGUCAAGAAACAAGAGCCUCCGUCGGACUCUGAGUUCUUCAAGUCUGACUUGCUCGAUCAAUUACGCAUCCAUACUUCGAACUCCAGCAAAACCGUCCGCAUCAUGCCCAGUUUACAUUCCUGAUUGAACACUUCUUCAUAUCUACACACACAUGCACAUUUACUCCGCUCAUGGCACUGUAUGGGGAAGAUAACUCCGCCGAACAGCCAUGUCCAUCUUCAAUGUCAUUCUACCAAUUGUUAACAAGCAGAUCAAUACACUCCCGCCCGGUUGUGUUCUUUUUCUCUUCUCUUCUCGUCAUCAUCAUCAUCACCCCAUUUGUGAAAAAAGCAGUAUGUAGUUGUACUCCUCCAGUUUUGUUUUCCCUUUUCAACUAUUUCCGGAUUACAUUCAGGCUACUACUUACUACCUACCAAAAAAAAUUCAGAAGACACCUUUUGCAAGACAAAAAAAUUGACCCCUGAUCGAGGUCUUCGCAAUAAAUCCAUUUGUGAGUCAUGUUUUCAA